GUAAAGGAGCGCCGGAAUGUCGUAAAAGGGCCGCAAGUAGCAGCGCUCGGGCAGACGUCUGUGAACCCAUUUUGGACUCCGUCUUCUCUGCGAAAAGUUCGAGGAACCUGUUGCUGGUUUUAUCACUAGUGACAGCCAGGCUACCGCGGAGCUCAGCCCCACGCCAGCAGGCACUGCUGGUCGUCACCCCGACGCGGGCCGAGGACGGGAAGUGCGACGUUAUGCGGCCCGUAGAGGCAGACGAGGCGCGGGAGCCGGAGGACGACCUGGGCGGUCUCCUGAGACCCACGGUGCGCGCGAGCCGCGAAGAGUUCGCCUCCCUGGAGCGCGAGCACGUGCGGGCGCGCUGCAGGGCCCGCAGGAAGCUGAGGGAGAUCGAGAGCCUGCUGGACGAGAUCAGGAGCGAGCUGGAGGCCUCGGAGGAGAGCGCCCGGGAUCCCGCGCUCAGUGAGCGCGCGGAGGCGGAGGAGAGAGUGGUGAAGCUGUGCGCCAAGGUGGAGAGAAAGGCCGUGGAGGCGGCGCGCAUGGGCAAGAGGAUCGUGGAGCUCCACCAGCAGAUAGACGGCAACGAGGGUCACUGAGCAGCUCCGGAACUUGCGGGUGGGAGGUGGCUGAGAGCAGUUAGUAAAGUUCGGAAUGGAGGACAUCAGCGCUGGGCAGAAGGGAACACAGAACCCUGCGUAGUUGUUGUCAUAGAUAAUUUCACUCUUUCUACAUUGCUGAUUAGAAGAAAAUCAUUCUAUAUGUUGUUGUGUCAAGACCAGGCAUAACAAAGUAUUGGCAGAAUGUAGACCUGCUCAGUCACUAGGGGGAGGGAUAAAGUCUAAAACAUAACUACAUACUACAAAUGCGUGAUUGUUAAUGAGAGGGGAGUAUUUCAGAUUACCUUACUGCAGGUGAUACCAUUGUGCAGGGUGGGUGAGUCUGUUAGAAUUUAUGUUGUGGUGAUUGAAGUUCCCUCACAUGUACUUCAGGUUGCUGACAGACUGUUCAGCUGAUGAGGAGGCAUGGCUGCUUGGAAAGGCUGAAACCAAGGGAGUCUUUUGUUUUGUUUCCACUAUUUUACUAUCUGUAUUUUCACAGUAAGCACUAAAUUUCCUGUACCAUUCUGGUGGUUGAUUUCAGACUUAGAUUGUCAUUUUUGUUGAUUAAUAGAUGCAUUCACUUUGGAAAGGACAUGUUUUAAUAUACCAUGAAGGAAUGUAACUGUUAUGUGGUCAUAUUUGUUACUGUGAUAUUAUUGUAGUUUUAAAGUUUGGGAGUAUAUUCUUGUGCUUUGCUAUUUUUUUUUUUUUUUUAUGCUUCCUGGAAUUUGAGACUCAUGAACACUUGAGGUUAGAGUCCUGUAAAGGAGAAGACAUUACUAGGCUGCAGCUGCCAAACGAAGAACCCAAACACCAGUCAAGUUGUGGAUAUAACUACUUUGAACGAGAUUGAGAAAGCCCAGAGGACAGUUGGUCAUGGAGAGUGGUGGUGUAUAAAUUUUGGGACCUCUGCAAUCUAGAUCAAAGGAGAGCUUUUUUUUUUUUUUUAAUACAGUUUUUUCUCCUCAAAAUGUAACUUAUGUCAUGUUAGCUGUAACCAUCUGGUGAGCCACCUAGACUUGGAAUGAGUUCUAGGUGUACUUGCUGACUUUGGGGCAAACUUUAUUGUAAUACAGUCUCUGCCACAAAUGCAUGUAACCAUUUCAGGGGCCAGGAGGGGCUGGGGAAUAUCAUUGGGGUCACCAAACUGAUAGGUGCCAUCUUCCAGACUUAGACAAUAUCAAGCCUAUGUCUUCAGAGCCCAGAUCUCACAGGAAUUAAGAUCAGAGCUCUAACAUGUUAUUAAAAAGUUCAUUUGCUUGUAAAAAUAAAUGCAGAAAACCAGUCUUUAUUAUAGAAUAUUUGUGCAAAUGACCGAAGCUAUUGACUUGGCCAAGAAAAGAUGAGGUAAAUAAACUUUUUUCAGAAUGAAA